GGUAUUUACAUUUGUAGCACUGUGACACCAGGCAGGCAGUUACAUAAACAGCUCCUGAGGAGGACCCCAGACAGACAGCUGCUGGUGGGAAGAUGGUGGCGGACAGGAUGCUGCUGUGGCUGGUCGCUGUGCUACAGGCGCUGGCCACAUAUGGGGCUGAACUCUCCUCAGAAGCUUGCAGGGAUCUUGGCUUCUCCAGUAAUUUGCUGUGCAGUUCCUGUGACCUGCUCGGACAGUUCAAGCUGAAUGAGAUUGAUUCAUUCUGCAGAAAGUGCUGUCAGGAAGAAGCGCAUAUUGAAACACGGAAGAGAUAUGCCGGAGCCAUUCUUGAAGUCUGUGGAUGAAAAUUGGGGAGGUUCCCUCAAGUCCAGGCUUUUGUCAGGAGUGACAAGCCGAAGCUUUUCAAGGGCCUGCAGAUUAAGUAUGUUCGCGGCUCUGAUCCUGUUCUGAAGCUCCUGGACGACAAUGGGAACAUUUCUGAAGAACUAAGCAUUCUCAAGUGGAACACUGACAGCGUGGAAGAGUUCUUAAGUGAAAAAUUAGAUCUUUUAUAAACUCAUCCGGGAUGGAAAUUGUCACUAGCAGUUGAUGAAUUGUAUAGAGACCUUUUUAUAAUGAUACAAUUGUGCUGUUUUUGUAAUGGGUAAGAUUUUGUGAACUAGUGACUAUUUCCCCUGCCUGUUACCCCCUGGUUACCACAGAAGGCUUCAGCAAAUUGUUGCUACUUUCUCUGGCAACCAAGGGGUUAAUCUUUUGAUCCUGUACAGCCCAGGUUUGGAAGCCUGUUCUCUUCAUUUAAAACCCUUUUGAAAAUCCUAGUACAGCUAUCUACUUUCUUUUUGGUUUUCCUCUCUUAAUAUUGCAUUGAAAAGAGCCACAUUCCAAAGAUAAUUUAAUUUUUAUUGGUUUGCAGAAAAUAUGAAAAGGUUUUAAUUGUAAGCCAAACUGGACUGAAGUGGUAUUGGCAGCUCAGCAAACUUUAGCUAUAUACCACCCGUGUAAGGUAGCUGCGUGUGUCUGGACUUUUAAACUGGUAUUCUCAUUACCGUCUAUGACCUAAACAUCUUGAAGAUGACAUUAUACUUGUUUGUUCAUGUAGGGGCAACCACUGAUAUAUACAGGUUUUGGUUUAAAAGUAUUGCUACAGUAUCCAGACGGAAAACACUGAUGUAGUUAAUGUUAUAAUUGUAAAAAUGUGGGUACUAAUGUUUCUCCUGCCCCAUUUUAAAGUCAUUAUAUUAUAUGGUAGAUCUACCAUUGUGCUUGGCCUUAAAAAUAUAUCACUAGGGGUACCGCAAUGUACAUAAAUACAUCAGUAAGGUACCACAAGGUAUAUAAAUACAUCAGUAAGGAGGGUACUGCAAGGUACAUAAGUACAUUAGGGUAUAUGUAUUUAUUGAAGGAUUCUUUAUGAUUGGGUUUUUUUUUGUUUUUUUUGUGUUUUCUUUUUAAUACAAAUGAUCAUGAAGUAGCUGGUGUCAUUACCCUUUUAUAGAAUCUAAUUUAGACUUUAGGCUUCUACGAUUCCCUUCUCAUCUGUAAAACUUAAUAUAUAUAUAAAUAUAUAUAAAUAUAUAUAUAUAUAUCUCAUUUAUACGUCCUGAAACCUGCUAUAGCAAUGGGAGCGUAAUGGGGAACCUUUUUGUUUUUAGCAAGGGUAUAGAACAACCAAUACAUACAAUGUAGACAAGAACUCUUGAGUAUGGAUCCUGUUUAUCUCAGCUUUAUGUUGACACCAGCAAAUCUAGAGAGAACCGCUUGUAACUACGGACAUUAGUGCGCAUUAUCACACAUUUCAAGUCUUAGAAACUAUUUUACACAAAUUGUAAUAAAAUGCACAAGAAUUGCGGGAUUUUGACUUGUUGGAGGGUGAAGAAGUUUUUUAGCUGAUUUUUUUUUUUUUUUUUUUUUUUUUUUUUAUCAUAAUCACUGAGAUUAAAACAAUGCCUUUUGUACCUUGCUUUUGGUAAUGUAAGGAAUCUGGGUACUAGUCACAAAACACAGGGUAACAUUCAUCAAAUGCAAUUACUAUACUGCCUUAAUGUUUGUUGGAGACCUUAAAAAUAUAUACAGGACGGUAUUAUUAUUAUUCAUCUGGAAAUGGUAUUGGCGCUAUUCCCAAAAUGUGUCAAGCGUUUGGUGAAUGCUACCCUGUCUUUUGUGUUUGUUGAUUUCAUAUGCAUUUUGUAUCGCUGCUUUUUCUAGUAUCGGUGUCCUGUAUGGAAUGAUUUUGUUUGUGAAGAUGGAAGGACUCUGUUCUCUGCAUUAGACGUGACACAUUAGGGUGAGACACGUUAGUGAAGACUGCACAGAAAACCCUUACGGGGCUUGUGGAUGUCUGAUGUCCUGUGUGAUAUACCCCAAUGUCUUGCUAUAUUGCAUUAAACAUGAGUACAAUGAAUUGAUAUUGUUGAAGGAAAACAUUGUUAAAAUGAAAUAAAGUUUUGGUUUUUUUUUCAA